UCUCGGGCGCGCUCCUCCUCCUCCUCCUGCUGGGCCCGGCGGUUCGGCAGCCCGGAGGUGCCGCGCCGAGCCCAGGCUGGCGGUGGCCAUGGAGGGCGGCGGCGAGGCCCCGGGCCCGGCUGCUGGCAUGUUCUCCUUGGCCGGGCUCGGAGCCGCUCUGCGGGCCGUGCCGGAGGCGCCCGACCCCGCCGCGCUGAGCUACUUGCAGCUGCCCUGGCAGCGGGAGCGCCGCGUGUGCAAGCUGCCCGUCCAGCACCGCCGCCGCAGGGCCGCCCGGCUGCACCGCAAGGUGGGGCCCAUGGGCAAGGAGAUCCACGCUUUGAAAAGGUUGAGAGAAGCUGCCAAUGCUAAUGAUUUAGAAACAGUGCAGCAGCUUCUGGAAGACGGGGCCGACCCCUGCGCUGCUGAUGACAAAGGCCGAACCGCGUUGCACUUUGCUUCCUGUAAUGGCAAUGACCACAUAGUGCAGUUGCUUUUGGAUCAUGGAGCUGACCCAAACCAACGAGAUAGUCUGGGAAACACACCCCUCCAUUUGGCUGCCUGCACGAAUCAUGUUCCUGUCAUCACCACACUGCUCCGUGGAGGUGCUCGAGUAGAUGCCUUGGACAGAGCUGGAAGGACCCCUCUGCACUUGGCCAAAUCAAAGUUAAACAUCUUGCAGGAAGGCCUUUCACAGAGCCUUGAAGCAGUUCGUCUUGAAGUAAAGCAGAUAAUCCAGAUGUUGCGGGAAUACCUUGAACGUCUUGGGCGCCAUGAGCAGCGGGAACAAUUGGAUGAUCUUUGCACCAGGCUACAGAUGACUAGCACAAAAGAACAGGUGGAUGAGGUUACUGACCUGCUGGCCAGCUUCACCUCCCUCAGCUUGCAGAAGCAAAAGAUAGAGAAGAGGUAACUGGCUUUCUUGCCGCUCUCUACUGAAAAGAGAAGCCUGGCGCUCACCUGUAAGACUGUGGCCCUGCUGCCAAGACCAAGUUUUGGAUUUGUGCUGAGCCCGUAAAGGACUGUAAGGCACAGUCACUUCCCUGGAUGAUUCCUCUGGGGCAAGAUGUUAGUGUAGAAACUCUGAUCUUGAGAAUAAGGGGCUGGACUUCACUCUCCUGCUUUAACAAGCAGGGUCAUGUCGUGUAGAGGGCAAAAUGUUUUCAGCACACCCUUUCAGAGGCAUCUUUAAGUUCCUGCAAGUGGUAGAUCCAUUGUACUUCAAGCACAUCUGGGAAGCAGCUGCCUGGUAUGCCACCGCUCUCAAGUCUGCUUCUUGUUUGGUGUUCUCUGUUUUUAAGCACACGAAUCACUGGACAUUUGUACACAUGAUGGGAGGUGCUAUCCCUCUGGUGAGCAACCUUUUUUUUAAAAAAAAAACAAGGGUCAUAAUUUGAACUGAGAGAGACUGAGAAGCCAGCAGUGCUGCUGUGCCCCCUACUGAGAUAUGAAAGGCUGCUUACCGCCCCGCCCCCCGCCAUCGCCGAUCUUAUGUCCCUCAGCUGCUCAUUCCCAUUUCCUGUAUUUUUUUGGGACCUGCAGAAGAAUCAGUAGCUGAUGUACGCAAAGGGAGAAUCCUGCUAAAGCUUUCGCUGUUCAAAGCCAAACAGGAAGUCCUUGGGGGACCCGGAGUGAGUCUUCUAUCCCCAACUUGCCUAUCCAUACCGUAUAUCCUUCUCAUGGCUUUCUCCUCACUCCCUUCUGACAGUUAUUUAAUCUGGUCUGUUCCAGAAAAACAAAAACAGAAGUAACUUUUCAUAUUACUUUUUCCUUACCAAGGCUCUGCACGUUAUAUGGAGUGUAGAGGGAGUGUGCUUUCCUAAUGGGGCUGCGUGGUUAGGACAAUCGACACUUCCUGGGCUGUCCCAUUAUGCUAAGCUUCAGUUCACUGGGCCCUGGAAAAGUCUUUCUUGAUUUGUAUCAUAGAUUUAUUACACAUAAAGGGCAAGGAAGGCUUGCCUUCUCAUUUUGGGGCUAAAAUAAAAAGCUUUUUGCAGACUUACUAUGAAAAGGGGCUAAGAGAAGGGCUUAUCUUACACAAAGGAAGGAGCUGGGCUCUUGAUGCUUGCCAACCUAGCAGGCUAAAACCCCUCAAAGAUGUAGUUGCUUCAUAACACUGUGUUUUGACUUCAGCCUGUUCACAACACUGUGUUUUGACUUCAGCCUGUUCACAAGUGUGCGUGGGGGGUGGGGGGGCAGUGUAUUUAGCAAACUGGUUCUCCGGAGUCCCUGGUCUUGUUCUCUGCAUCCCUGACAUUCAAAACUGGUUUUAGGACCUUGAGACCUAUAAGAUCCUAUGACCUUUGGUUCUAAGUAGGUGGCUUUGGGGGCAGAGAGAACUUAACUGGAUUCAUAUUUUUAGAUAUGUUUAAAUCUUAGCUUUCAUGACUCAAGCAGCUUUGAUAGAGAAUCCUAAAUGCUCAGGGGAGGAAAGUUUGGGGCUGACUUGACCUGACCUUGCUGGAGCCAUCACUGUGAAUAUGAAGAACUUCAUUCCAAUGUGCAAGGAGGGUGGGAGGCUAUUUGAACUUUUCCAUUGUAAAUUUCAAUAAAAAUACUGUCUGCUUUCAAGGUG